AUGGAGGCCAUCGCUGUAGAUCCGGAUCUGUAUGCCCGAGAUGCUACCUACAGUCCCGAUGACUGGCAAUCGGAGACCACGUCGAUCGGGUCUUCGAUUUAUCGCGGUUUGAUAGACAACGGAAGGCGAUAUCAGUCGCUUUCGGAUAAAGAAUAUCUUAUUCCAUCUGAUGAGCAACAAUUUGAGACCUAUGAAGCCGGACAUCUCGUGGAUCUUAUCUUGGAUUCAGAUCGAGAAAAUCCUUUGUUCCGCUCGCCGAUUGGAGCAGACCGAGAAAAGUAUUUGCAGGUUCUUGAUAUCGGGACUGGCAAGGGAACGUGGGCCAUCGAUGUCGCUGAUAUGUUUCCGAAUGCAACCGUGAGGGGAGUGGAUCUUUUCCCGCCCCCCGUCACUUGGAUGCCACCGAAUUGUGUGAUUGAAGUCGACGACAUUCUAGAAGACUGGACCUGGCGCGAACAAUUUGACCUGAUCCAUAUGCGGAACAUGCUAGGGUCUUUUGACCAGCGCGAAUGGGACCGGGUCUACCAACAGUGCUUUGAGAAAAUGGCCCCUGGAGGUUGGAUCGAGCAAGUUGAAGCUGGUCCAUUUGUUCAAAGCGAUGACGGAAGUCUACCCCCUGAUAGCAAUUUGGCUUACUGGGGCCCGCUUAUGGAAGCGUGCGGUGCACGCGCUGGGCGUCCCUGUGAUAUUGUCAUGACCAUGGGCGAAAGUAUCAAGAAAGCAGGAUUUGUGGACGUCCACGAAAAGGUUUACAAAUGGCCCCUGGGCCCAUGGCCGCGAGACCAGAAGUUCAAAGAGGCGGGUAUGGUCAACAUCCAACACUGGAUGUCGGGCAUAGAGGGCUGGUGUAUGUGGCUGCUGACAAAAUACGGCGAGCCUGAGCCAUGGACGAAAGAGCAGGUUCAUGUCUUCUGCGCUAAGAUGCGCUCGGAAAUGAAGAACCCUCAUUAUCACACAUAUCAUAAGACGCGAAGAGUGUGGGCCCGAAAACCCUUUCCUGGCGAAGUCCCGCUCGAGGCGAUCAAAGCUAGGUCGACAAAGUCCGCUGGCGGCGGUUCGAGCUCUGGAUCAGCAAAGGUUAAGUUUUGA